CAAAGAAAGCAAAAGCAAAACACAAAAAAUUCAGUAAACCCAUUUAUGUCAUCCGCCAAUUUGGCAGGAGCAAACCAACAGUGAUACUUCUCGUGAUUUUUUCAUCCGUUUUCUCCAUUUAAUUCUCAUUUCUACUGUUACACGUACCCCUCUCUCUCUCCCUCCCUCAUAAACCCUAGCUUUUUUUUUUCUUCUCCCCCCAAUUCACUGUUUCAGGUUACACGGUAGAUGAACAUGAACCUGUAACUAUUUGGUACUUUAAUUAGAGUUUAAGUUGAUUUAUGAAGUCAUCUGGAGUUAUGUGCUGGAAUUUGGUUUGUUAGGCUAGACGGUAUGGGAGUCGUCCCCUUCCCGUCGUCCUCCGGCGCCGCACCACCUCCCCACCCCCUCAGGCCCGUCACCGUCUUCAACGGCCUCCUGCAGCCGUGGCACAAGGAUGACCAAUGAUAUAUCUGAUACCGAUAAAUGUUAAUAACGUUCACUCAAAAGGCCUAUUAAAACACGGAUAUCAACAUGGGGGCUUUUUAUAACACUGGUGAAAUCGUUGAACUAGAAGAAAGUUCGGAUUUUCAAUCGAAUAAAUCUCAAAAAAGAUUCUACGUGGAGGAUGACAUUAAUAGUCUUUUUGAGUCGGUUAGGAUAUCAGCCAAGACGAUGGGUUUACCACAAGCUCUUAAAGACAAACAAAAGAAAUCCAUGAAGCGGCCCAUGAGAGUUAGCCCGUAUCAGUCACCACAGAUCGGAAUUUCGGAGCCUGUUAAUUUAAAGCAGGCGUUAAGAGGAUUAACCAUCUCUCAAGCAUCAGAAAUGGCAGCCAUGAAGAGGUUAUCAAAAGGUUUUCAAGGUGGACCGGUCAAACGGUCACAGAUAGCUGCAGGAGUUGAGGUUAAUGAUAAAGUAAAUUAUCAUAAUACGGUGGAAGUAUCCGUUGUUCCGGAAAGAUCAUCGACAACUUCAGCGACGGAAUCGGUGCAGAGCAGAAACUUAAAGCUGAAACUUUCUUCUUUAUCCACUCGCAUUAGAAGAAAACUCCCUGCGGUUGAUGAAAUUAAACCUGAGUUGGUUGAAGUUAAAAAGAAACCUGAUAAUAAACCCGACGGAAAAUUAAAAACACGAGAAAAAGGCGAGAUCUCACAGAGUUCGAAGAGCAGCGUUGGUGAAUGCAGUAGUAGUACAAGUUUUAGUUGCGACAGCAACGUAAGUAGUGUUAGUAGGCCCCACAUGUCGAAAGAUUUGAGAUGGGAAGCUGUUAAUAAGGCUAAGAAGCAAUACGGAAGCCUAAAUAUAAGAAACUUUAAGUUAAUCAAGAAAAUCGGCGGUGGAGAUAUCGGAACCGUUUAUCUUGCUGAACUUAUCGACUCGAAUUGCUUUUUUGCUUUGAAAGUUCUGGAUAAUGAGUUAUUGGGCCUCAAGAAAAAAGCUACACGGGCUCAAACCGAAAGAGAGAUUUUGCAAUUGCUUGAUCACCCGUUUCUUCCUACUUUAUUUUCGCAUUUUACGACAGAUAAAUACUCGUGUUUGGUUAUUGAGUAUUGUCCCGGUGGCGAUUUACACGUGCUCCGACAAAAACAGCCGAACAAAUGUUUCUCUGAACAAGCAGCCAGGUUUUAUGUUGCUGAAAUCCUUCUUGCUUUAGAAUACUUGCAUAUGCUUGGUGUCGUAUAUCGUGACUUGAAACCAGAAAACAUAUUGGUACGAGAAGACGGUCAUAUAAUGUUAACGGACUUUGAUUUGUCACUUAGAUGUGAUCCAAACCCAAUGCUGGUCAAACCACUGUCACCAUCCGUUGACCGGCCUAAAGACACAGGGUCAAGCUGCAUUGACCCGUUUUGUCUCCAGCCGUCAUGGCAAGUCCCGUGUUUCACUCCAAAGUUGCUCAAACCAAAGGUGAAAUCGGAUGUCGUUGUUCGUGCCAGCCCUCUGCCACAGCUGGUAGUGGAGCCCAGUGGGGCCCGAUCCAACUCGUUUGUUGGGACCCACGAGUACUUAGCUCCCGAGAUUAUAAAAGGUGACGGACAUGGGAGUUCGGUGGACUGGUGGACGUUUGGGAUAUUAUUAUACGAGCUUUUAUACGGUAGGACGCCCUUUAAAGGUAUGGGGGACGAUGAUACGUUAGCAAAUGUGGUAUCUCAAGGUCUCGAGUUUCCAAACUGUCCGAUUGUUAGUUUUCAUGCAAGAGAUUUAAUUAAAAGUUUGUUACAAAAACAGCCGGAAAGUAGGUUGGGUUCGUCGAAAGGGGCUGCAGAGAUUAAACAGCACGCGUUCUUCGAGGGGUUGAAUUGGGCUUUGAUACGGUGUGCAGUACCGCCUGAGAUGCCUAAACCAUGUGAUGUGCGGAGUGCAGGUCGAAGUGAGAAUUUGGUGUUUGACUUGUUUUAGCAAAGGGGGGAAAUGUUUUUUUUUACAGGUGGAAUUUGAGUAAUGUUGUAACACAUGAAUAAAUAUAGUACAUUAGAUGUAUAGUGUACAUGAUGUCAUGAUGGACGUAAUACAAGAAGUUGGGCAGCCAUAUAUAUAUAUUGUAGUUAUGUACUAUUAACGGCUUAGGUUUUGAUC